GGGGGGUGAAUAGACGCCUGUGUUAAGGCCCCCCCCCGCCCCACACUUCUCUGGGCACAUAGCGCCAUGGAGGGGAGAAAACAGGGUGAGGGGAAGAUAGGGCAGAGGGGGAAUGGCCCCCAUGGGGUGGAUAACUCAUGGCAAUCCCACGAUGCCCGUCUUUCUCAUGCACCCAGCGGGGUGAUCCCACAAUGCCCUUGCUCACACCAAGGGUGUGUGUGUGUGUGAUCCCAUAAUCUCUUUGUCCUUCACCCCAAGGGGGAUGAUCCCACAACUUCCCGCUCCCUCAUGCCACCAGCAGAUGUGUGGGGUGUGAUCCCACAGUGCCCUGCUCACUCACGCCAAGGGUGUGUGUGUGAUCCCACAGUGCCCUGCUCACUCACGCCAAGGGUGUGUGUGUGAUCCCACAGUGCCCUGCUCACUCACACCGAGGGGGUUUGAUCCCACAGUGCCCUGCUCACUCACGCCAAGGGUGUGUGUGUGAUCCCACAGUGCCCUAUUCGCUCACGCCAACGGGGGUGAUCCAAUAACUCCCUGCUCCCCCAGCAGAGUGAUCCCACAAUGCCCUGCUCGCUCAUGCCAAGGGGGGUGAUCCCGUAACUCCCCGCUCCCCCAGCGGAGUGAUCCCACAAUGCCCUGCUCGCUCAUGCCAAGGGGGUGAUCCCGUAACUCCCUGCUCCCCCAGCGCAGUGAUCCCACAAUGCCCUGCUCGCUCAUGCCAAGGGGGGUGAUCCCGUAACUCCCCGCUCCCCCAGCGGAGUGAUCCCACAAUGCCCUGCUCGCUCAUGCCAAGAGGGGUGAUCCCGUAACUCCCCACUCCCCCAGCGGAGUGAUCCCACAGUGCCCUGCUCACUCACGCCAAGGAGAGGGUGAUCUCAGUGCCCUGCUUGCUCAUGCCAUGGGGCAGCGAUGCCACAGUAACCUUGUCACUCAUGCCACGGGGCGGCAAUCCCACAAUGCCUUCUCCCUUUCGCCAUGGCAAUCCCACAAUGCCUUUCUCCCUCAUACCGUGGGCCGGAUAAAUUUGUGUCAACCCCACAGUGCCCUUCUCCUGAACACCAAGGGGUGGAUAAAUCCCCCUAGAAAGCCCAGUUACAAGCUUGAGCUGAAUUUUCUGUACAACAAAGCAAUUCCUUUGAUUUUUUUCUUCUUCUUCCCAGUUCCCAGCGACUUUGCACCCAAGGCAGAGGAGCUGCUGUUGCUGGUGAAACAACUGCAGGAUGCAAGGACCCUGGAGCCCCGAAUGGACGACCUGGUAGGAAGGAUCAGCAGACUGCAGCGAGCUAAGCAGGCUCUGAGCCGGGAGCUGCAGGAUGGGAAGGCGCGCAGCGAGGAACUGCAGGCAGAGCUGGAGGAGCUGAACGAAGAGAAGUCGAACCUGGAGGAAAUCUGCAGCCAGAAGCAAGAGGUCCUGCGCACCCUGCAGCUCCGCUGCCAGGAGACAGAGGCCGAGGCCCAGCGGCAGCAGACGCUGUCCCAGGAGCAGAAGCAGAGCAUCGAGGAGCUGAUGGCGAAGAUCCAGGAAGAGAAGCUGAAGCAGAGGAAACAGAGGCUGGAAUUUGAGCAGCAGCUGGACGAGCUGAUGGAGAAGCACAAGAGCCUCCAGGAGUGCCACCAUGGAGAAGCUGGCUGCCGAGAUCUGCAGCAUGGCCGAGAGCAAGGAACGUUUGCUGAGCGAAGACAAGCUGAUCGGAGACAACCUGGCCCAGGUCCAGAAGCAGCUGGACUCCCUGCCCCAGGCAGAGGCAACUCCCAGCCAGGAGAGGAUGUUCCUGAAGAGCCAGGAGGCCAGCACUGCCCUCUGUUCCAACAGGAAAACAAGAGAGCGACCGAGUAUCUGGAGGCAGCUUCGCGCCGCCACUCAGAACUGCAGCAGAAGUUCAAGAGGCUGACGGCCGAGCUGGAAGCCCAGCAGGGAUCCAGGGGUGACUCGGCCAUCAUGGAAACAGAUGCCUAACCCACACCCCCCCCCCCCGCAGCAAGAGCUAGAACGGCGCCCCCCCGAGGAUCGGCCUGGAGUUAAGUCCCCUCUGGAUGUAUCGGGCUCCUUGUUCUGAAUAAAAACAUCCUUCCCUCCA